AUGGUCUUUGAACCCAUUCCUGCAUGCAAGGGUCUGUGGAAAAUUCUUGAGCGGGAUACUGGAGUGUUGCUUGGUAUAGCCACAACAUAUGUAGACGAUGGAUGGGUGAUUGGGGACGCCGAAACUUUGCGCAGAACCGCCAUCGGGAUGAAAUCAUUGUGGAAGGUCAAGCUACAAGGCGUCCUACAACAUCCAAGCGUACCAGGAGAGACGGUGACGUGGGAUGACAUGACGUGCCCCAUCAAGUCUUCUUUGGUGUAUCUUGGGUGUCAAAUCCAGAGGCUUAUGGAUGGCACAGUACAGGUCUCACAGCGUAAGUGGAUCCUUCAAUCGUUGGCUUCACGAGGCUAUGUGCACAUGAACGGCACAAAAAGCCUUCCAGAUCCUUGCGAGGGAACGCUACCACCGGAGACACGUGAUGAUGAGUACAAGAAGCGGGUCAAACAGGGACAAAGCGAGGUGGGAUCUUUGAUGUGGGUCGGUCUCCGUACCCGUCCUGAUAUUCUGUCAACGGUCGGAUCGGCAGCGUGCAUGUUGGUCAACAACCCAACGGAAACGCUGAGACUGACAAAAGGCCUAUGGCGGUUUCUCAGGCACACAGUGAACAGAUGCAUGCAGUAUAAACCGUUGAAGACCGACCCCGACAUCCACAUUCGCACCGAUGCCAGCUAUGCCAAUGGCGGCAGCCGGUCAAGGACUGGUGUCACUGUUUCCAUAGGUGAUGGCCCUGAUGCGCACAUCAUCGCUUAUCUUUCAACGAGGCAAGCACUAACAGCGUGGAGUGCGACAGAAGCCGAGCUGGAGGGCAUGGCGUGUGGGCUUCAAAAGGGCUGGCAUGUGCAGUUAUUGCUGGAGCAGAUGUUUGACAGAUCCAUCAAAAGCACUUUGCAUGGCGACAACAGUGGUGCGAUUACGCUCAGCACCAGGGAUACCUUCUCUGAGUUGGUGAUGCGAACACGGCAUUUUGCCGUUAGAACCAGCUGGAUUCGGGAUACUGUGGCUCAUGAGGGAAUCAAUGUCGUGCACACCGGCACGAAUGAGAUCAAAGGCGAUAUUCUUACGAAGAGCUAA